AUGGAUUAUAAUGACAAUGACCAUGAAGGCCACAAUCUUCACUUAGCUGGUGAAGAGAAUUCUAAAUUUUCUUCUGUCCUGCGACCAUUUGCUCUUCCUAAGUUUGAUUUUGAUGACAGUCUCCAAGGUCAUUUGAGAUUUGAUAGUUUAGUUGAAAACGAAGUUUUUCUUGGUAUUCCAAGUCAAGAAGACAAUCAUUGGAUUGAGGAUUUUUCACGGGGAGGCAGUGGAAUAGAUUUCAGCUCGAGUGCAACAGAAUCUUGUGCUUUGCCAAGGCACGUCAAUGUCUGGUCUGAGGCAACAUCUUCCGAAUCUGUUGAAAUGUUGUUGAAGGCAGUUGGACAAGAAGAAAUGGUGCCGGGUGAAAAUUUGAUGAAAGAGUCAGAGCCAGGUGACAUGUUGGGUAGCCCAACAAGACAAAUGGAGAACGUGGGGCAGGAUAAUACAAUUGAUGAUGUUAAUGACUUGAAAGAUUCUUCAAUAUCACCUGCUGAAGUUGAGGGGCAUAUUUCGAGGUCAAAUCAGAGUGAUGAAGUAGAAGGCGCUCAAACUGAGAUUUCUGUACAUGCUGGGGGGACAAAUGUUUCUUGUUAUGGAGUAGCUGGUGAUGGAAACAAAGGAUUUGUCUCCCUGAACUCUGAAACUUCGGAGGUUCAAUUGAAGAUAGCUUGUGAUAAUAAAAAAGAAACUUGUGGUUUGGUGAAUGAAUCUCUGUUCACUCACGUGCAACAAGAAACUGUCCCUGUUAGUCUAACUGAUGAUAAAAUUGAAAAUUCUCCCCAGAAUGUUGCUGCUUGUGCUAUGAAUUCCGUUGACCAGGAUAACUUCAGUGAUGUUGGUGUUGUAAGUUCAAGUGAUGUAGCACAUGCCAUUUCUCAGGAACAAGAGAAAGGUUGCAACCAAAAUGAAGGGAAUUUGGGUGCUGAAACUGAAGUUACUGAGUGCCAUUCUUCCCAUGAGAUUCCUUCACCAAUGGAAUUUUCAAGAGAAGAGCACUUGGUUCAAAUUUGUGUUGCUAAUUUUGCCGACGUUCCUACUGUAACGCAAGACGGCGAGUCUGUGUCCACAAAAGGUAGGUGCAAUGAGGUUGGAUUUGUUGCUGCAGGUGACAGUCAUCGUAGAACAACGGUCUUUGCACAAAGCACAGAUAUUAAGAAGUCUGAAGGCUGUAGCCCAUUUCAUGAGUCAUCUAUCUCCCUUCAGGGAGAAGCUAUUGAGCGCCUAGACGUGCUAGGUAGCGAUGCUAUUACCUCUACUGUCUCUGGAGAUACUGAGCCCAAUCAGGCACCUGCUAUCCAACCUCAUGAUAACCCGACUCAAAUUGGUAGUGAAGAUACUCAACCUGGAACUCAUAGCUCUGCCGAGACUCCACGUGUUACUUCUGAGGCAAUUUGCGAUUCUUCUGAUAAGGUUGGUGAAAGCAAUCAUGAGGAUGGUCAAGCUUACCCUGUAGAGGGUGAUUCUUGUGGGAAAAAGUCGGUGAAUGAUGAUACGAGUGGUGCUGGAGAUACUGCUGCAGCGCAGGAGAAUUUGGAGGACUGGGUGGAUCAUGCUGCCCUUCCUCUGGUAGCUGGGAGCAAGAAGACAGGCACAGAAGAUACCACCCCUAUGCAGUUGGAUGCCCGGGAAAAUGACCUGGAUCUUCCAAUCACUGAAACAGAUAUCAAGAAGUUGCCUUUUGAUUCAGGUGAUGUGUCCGGCGAUGGAAAUGAAAACGAAGUGUCCACUUUUUCAGGUGAAGGAAUUAAUGUUGGUACACCUACUAAAUCACUGCUCAAUAAUCCCGCCGAGGCUUGUCCAGCAUCAAACACAGAGGCUGAAGAUACAAAGCUGACAUCAUCGUGUGCUGAAGGUGAUGAGUUAGUUGACAGCGACAAGCAUAAGGCACCUUCUUGUGAUAUGACGUCGAGGGAUCAGAGUAAAGAAACUCAACCAAUUGCUUCAGUUUCAAUGGAACCCCUGGAGUUAAGUGAGCUUACCCAUGCUUUUGAAACUGAAAAGGGUAUACUGCCUGAUUCUGAAACCGGAGAAGCACAGGAAAGGGGUCAAUCUCUUGUAUUGGUUGAGCCUUCUAGUGGUGCUGUGCCUGAUGAAGGCCAUAAGGAGUCAAGUGAGCUUACCCCUGUUUUUGAAACUGACAAGGGUUCACUGGUUGACGUUAAAACAAGGGAAAUAGUAAAGAGAAGUGAUCAAUCUCUUCCUUUGGUAGAGCCUUCUAAUACCAUAUCUGCUGGAGGUCUAAAGGAGUUGCCUGAAAAGAUGGAUACUUCUUUCAGUGACUCGACAGCGCAAAAUAUUAAUGUUGUAGCUGCACCUACUGAAAUGGCGAUGGGAGAAGCGGGAAGAAACUCGGGAGAUUAUCCUUCUACCGUGUCAGUUGCCAGCUGUUCUAUGGAAAUGGAUAAGCCUGACCUGGUUGCUCCAACUGGCGUUAGAUGUACUGGUCAUCCAGAGAGCCUGAUAAACAAUCAGGCACCUCUUAAACAAGAUGAUGUUGAAGAUAUUGGUAAAAUCGUAAGAAAAGCAGAGAAUUCUGUAGUAAAUGUUUCGACUGAAGAAGAGGGAACCUUUACUUUUGAUGUCAGGCUUAUGGGGGUUCAUUCAACAGGAGGUUCUGGCAAGGGUUCCCAAUCAUUUUCCAAAAUUCAAGCUUGUAAACUGUCUCUGACCGGUGGAGGAUCACCUUCAACAUCUGGUAGCAACCUCACAGAUCCAGUUGCGGUGAAGGAAGUUUCUCAUGUUAGAUCUUUAACACCUCCAUCCAAAUCUGUCAAAGGUCCCUCAGAGCGUAAAACAAGACGUGCUAGUGGUAAAUCUGGUAAGGCAAGUGCAAAUAAGGGAAAUCAGGUGAAAGAAGCGACUCCUUUGGGACAGCUGCCUGAGAAAUGGGAGAAAUCAUCCCAUUUUUUGAGUCCGUUAGAGUCCAGUCAACUUGUGAAUUUUGAAAGUGCUUACAAGGCAAGGGGACCUAUUCCUAUUCCUACAUCCAGCUUGCCUGAUCUGAAUUCUUCCGUUGCAUCACCUGCAUUCUUCCAGCAGCCUUUUACAGAUUUACAACAAGUGCAACUGCGAGCACAAAUCUUCGUUUAUGGAUCUCUUAUCCAAGGAACUGCCCCUGAUGAGGCUUGUAUGGUGUCAGCCUUCGAUGGAGGCAGGAGCGUUUGGGGGCCUUCUUGGUGUGCUUGUGUUGAAAGGGUUCAUGGUCAAAAAUCCAAUGUCAAAAAUACUGAAACACCAGUGUCAUUACUAUCAGGUCCAAAAGCACAAGAUCAAACCAUCAGUCAACAUUUCCUUGAAAUUGAAGCUUUUACCCCUAUGUCUGGUCGAGCAAGUAAAAAGCCCAUUCCUUCUCCUGUUGUUAACCAGAUGCUUUCUCUUCCGUCACCCUUGUGGAAUGUAUCUACACCAUCUGCCGAAGCUUUGGCGCCAGGCAGCACCUCCAGAAGUGCUGUUAUUGAUUAUCUGACCGGUACUCCCUUCAACCCUUAUCAGACUCCACCCGUACGGAACUAUGCGCCACAUACUACUUGGUCAUCACAGGCUCCUUUCCCAGUACCCUGGCUCACCUCUUCACAAACCACUCCUUAUGAUAUCAGUACUACUUACCCUGCAUUUCCAGGCAUGAAAGAGCCUGUAAAGUUAGCUCUGAACGAAGAAUCAAUCCCAGUUGUUUCCGCCAGUACGAGUUAUGCAUCUGCUAUUUCUACUAGUCAUACCAUUGUCUCUACUAAUGCUGAGGCUCCUUCAGUUGACUUGAAAAUGUUGAAAGCAUCAAGUGGACAAACUGCUGAUGCAAAGACUAAGAAGAGGAAAAAGUCUUCUGGUGCUGAGGAUGCUGUAAGGUUAUCCGUGACCCCUUCUUUGGUACACAAUGCCUCUGCUCCUGUAGUAGCUAGUCCGUUGUCGGACAAAGGCCCUGCAGUUGAGGCUCCUAGUCAGUUCCCUUCCACAGCACGAUAUCAAGGAGACCAGAUGCAUACACAUGUUAUUAGUAGUCAUUAUUCUACAUCGGUUGCUGUGGCAACCCCUUCUAGCUUUGUGCAAAAGGGCUCUCCCUAUCAUUUCUUCCCUGUGGUCUCACCAUCAAUUGCCAAUUACCAACCCAAGGGAGGUGAUCUGAGUAUUGAUAAGAGGGCACAGAAUAUCGAGGAUUGCAGCAAGGUUGAGGAGGCUAAGUUACAAGCGCAGGAAGCUGCCACCCAAGCUGCUGCUGCAAUUAGCCAAUGUGAAGGUGUAUGGAACCAGUUGGGUGAGCAAAAACAAGCUGGCUUGACAUCAGAUGUUCAGUAUAAAUUAGCCUCUGCUGCUGUUGCUAUAGCAGCUGCUGCUUCUGUUGCUAAGGCAGCAGCUGCGGCGGCUAAAAUUGCAUCAACUGCUGCAUUCCAAGCAAAACAAAUGGCCGAUGAAGCAGUGAACACGUCUGGAGCUGUGGAUUCUACUGGACAUGACGUUAAUUUGGUGAAUGCAUCUCCCAACUCCAUUUUGAGGGGCGGGGAUUCUAACAAUGCACCUGGCUUAGCGAUAUCUGCUGCAAGAGAGGCUGCUAAGAAAAGGAUUGAGGCUGCUUCAGCUGCCACAAGGUAUGCUGAAAAUCUUGAUGCCAUUGUUAAAGCAGCAGAAUUGGCUGCAGAAGCAGUUUCGCAUGCUGGGAAGAUUGUCUCCUUAGGCGAACCGUUCUCCCUGAGCGGGCUUGCAGAAGCCGGGCCAAAUAACUACUGGAAAGUACCGCAGGUGGGUGUUGGGCCUGGUCUGAAGUCUAAUGACAAGAAGAAUAAAUCUAGCUCUAGCAAUGCUGGGAAGGUGCCCGAAGAUUGUCUGAACCGACUUGAGGAACCUGAUAAGGAUAUGUACAUUGCAAGUGAUGUUGAGCAACCCGUUCAAGAGUUAUCUGGAAAUGUGGUGGAUGAUCAUGUCACCGUAGAAGAGAACAUUAUUGACUCGGGAAAGCAUUGGGAGAACUUUAAACUUCGAAAAGAUGAAAAAGUAUCCAACUCGGCUAAUACUCCUGGUAUUUCUCACCCCGAUAUCGAGUCAAGAUCGACUUCACAUGUCUUAUCAAGCAUUAAAGAGGGUUCCUAUGUAGAGGUUCUAAAAGAUUGUGGUGAUUCGAAGAAGGCCUGGUUUUCAGCUAAUGUACUGAGUUUGAAGGAUAAUGAAGCCCUUGUUUCGUAUAAUGGGCUACAAUCUGCUGAAGGGUCUGCACAACUGCAGGAGUGGGUAUCAGUAGAAGCCAAAGACGGUCAGGCACCAAAAGUGCGCAUACCCCAUGAUAUGACAGCGUUGCAGUUUGAAGGAACAAGGAAGAGACGUCGAGCUGCUGCCAAGGACUACAAUUGGUCUGUUGGAGACAAAGUUGAUGCAUGGGUUCAAAAUUGCUGGCGUGAAGGAGUUAUUGCUGAAAAGAGCAAAAAGGAAGCAACUGGACUAACUGUACAUUUUCCAGAGCAAGGGGAUUCAUCAACUGUCAAGGUUUGGGAUCUUCGGCCAACCUUAAUUUGGGGUGAUGGCCAAUGGACAGAGUGGCAUAGAGCAGGGCUGGGUCCCGCUUCUCAGGGAGAUUCACCAGCAGAAAAGCGUCCAAAAUUGGGAGGCAGCAGUAUUGAAGCAAAAGGAAAGACCAAAGUGGCCGAAAGUACUGAUUUUGCUGAACCUCAGAGAAAUGAAGUAUCAAGACUGCCUUUGUCUGCGAAUGAGAAACUUUUUAGUAUUGGCAGUACAAAAUCGGAGGAAAAUAAGCCCAACAUGGUGAGGACAAAGAGGCCUGGUGUAGAAAAGCAACCAGGAUCGAGGGUUGUAUUUGGUGUCCCUAAGCCUGGCAAGAAGAGAAAGUUCAUGGAAGUCAGCAAGCACUACACUUCUGACAGGGUUGCCAAAACUAAUGUGUCUGAUGACUCGAUGAAAUUAUCUCAACCUUUGGCUCCUGCGGGAUCUGGGCCUAGAGGCUUCAAGCAUAACUCCAAGUCUGAUCUCAAGGACAAACAAGCUCCUGAGUCUAGACCGAGAUCUAUCAAGUCCGGAAGGCCGCCAAGUGUCCCAAGUAGGACUUCAGUGCAGAAAGAUGACUCAACCUCAUCGCAACCUAAUGCACGCAGUACUCGUGGAUUGGGUACUGGGAAGGGCUCUGUUAGCAGCAAUGAUAACGAAUCAGGUGAGAGAAAUUCUGGUGAACUUAAUUCAUCCACAAAAGUUGGAGGGGCCUCUGCUGGCUCUAUUGUGUUUACUUCUCAAGCUCGUACAAAAGAUAAUCGCAAGAAAACAGCAAGAAGGGAUUCCAGAUUUGAUCGGCUACACCGAGGGAGGCCCGCGCUUGCUAGCGAGAGAUCAGCAGACAAUGAAUCGAACGUAAAUUUAAUCCCUGAAGUUUCUGAACCCCGUCGAUCAGUUCGUCGUAUUCAGCCAACUUCAAGGCUACUGGAAGGGCUACAAAGUUCACUGCUAAUCUCAAAAUUUCCUUAUGAAAAAACCCUCAAGAGCCAGAAUAAAGUCGCAAACAAAGGGAACAAUAGUCGUGGUUGA